AGUGAAUGAACACAUUCUUGUCGGCGCGGGCUACCAAGACCAACUCUGCUCCCCUCCCGUGGUGCCCGCGGGUGUGACGCGGCAGGCGGGGCGCGCCCACUCGAGGCACGCAUCUCCAAGCAAAAAGGAAAUCCUCCGACAAAGUUUAGUUCGGAUGGACUCGCGGAAAGAGAGCACACGGGCCUCUGGAGGGGGACGUUUAAGAACUGGAUUUGGUAAACAGGACGCGAAAGGGAGCCAGCGUUUUUCACCAGACAGCCGUCACUCUUUGGAUGUUAGGAAAAAGAAAUUCUUUCAGCUUCUGCGCUCGGCUUAUCCAGGACACACCCAGGACUCAACACUGGAACUGAAUGAGGGGAAGCCUCAGUUCCUGGAUCAUUUUGAAGUUCAGCCAGUUGUGAGGCAAGAACGCAGCAGGCGAUCACCACACAGCGAUGGACGAUUCCGUAGAGGACUAUGGAAACUACACCUACGACUACUACCUGGAGUAUGGUGACAUCGAAGAACUUAAAGUAGGCCACCAGCAGAAAGAAGCGAUGCACAUUAUUUCUGUCAUCAUCUACAUCGUUUCCUUUGUACUGGGUCUGAUUGGAAAUGGAACUGUGAUUUGGGUGACUGGAUGCAAGAGUAAACGGACCGUCAGCAGCGUCUGGCUGCUCAAUCUGGCUUUGGCCGACUUAAUCUUCGUGCUCGUCCUCCCCUUCUACAUUGACUACAUCCUGCGAGACUUUCACUGGGAUUUUGGUGUCGCCAUGUGUAAGAUUAAUUCUUUUGUGUUGGUCAUGAACAUGUACGCGAGUGUUCUAUUUCUUACAGUGCUCAGCCUGGACAGAUAUAUCUCGCUGGUCUAUCACAACUGGUCUCAGAGGUCCCGAACAGUCGCAAGAGCCUGGCUCACAAGCGCUUGUAUAUGGGCGACGGCCGUCGUCAUGAGUUGCCCAGCGCUUAUCUUUCGAGACACGGUGCGCUUACACGACAAAGUGAUUUGCUUCAACAACUUCCAUAUACAGAAUGGACAGUCAGCAGCUGCAAGACACAUUCUAAUCGUCUCUAUUCGUACAACAGUGGGCUUCCUCUUGCCGUUCUGUGCUAUAUGCGUAACGGGGAUUCUUUUGACACUGAGAGUAAAUCAAUCGCAAGGUUCUGUUCGGGUGUCUAGCUUCACCAAAACAGUCUCCGCCAUGAUUCUGGCCUUCUUUUUAUGCUGGGCCCCGUUCCACAUCUUUAGCCUGAUGGAGCUAUCCUUACAUUCCUCGCUCUAUCUACACAACGUGCUGAAAAUGGGAUUUCCUCUGGCCACCAGCUUAGGCUUUUUCCAUAGCUGCAUUAACCCAGUGCUUUAUGUGCUUCUGGGUAAAAAAGUCCGUCACAUCCUGAAACGCGCGUGCCUGGACAUAACGAAAAGCUCUCUAAGAGAACUCAGCCAGUCCGUGUCGGCCACAGAGAUGGAAUCUUUCCCGGGAGCCCCUCCUGACCAGGAAAGUGCACCAGAGGAGCCUGUGGGCUCAUCAACUCUGUGAUUGUAGCUGUUACUGAAAACAUCCAAACACCAGCUAGUACCUUGUACACAUGGAUAUACAGCGGACAUACAAAGUCUACACAAACCUGUUUGAAUGCCAGGUUUUUGUGAUAUUAAUAUUAUUAUUUUUUUUUUAUCAAGAUAAAGAAACUCAGAGCUUUUUCCAUCAUUUAAGGAACCUAUAAUUUGCAACUCAAUUUAAUUAAAACAAAUAUUUUCGAGAGGGGAUGUGAAAAUAACUCGAAUAAUGGAGCUGCACAAAAGUACUCGCUCUCUUCUAAUUGAAAUAUGGCUGUGUUCAUAAUUAAUUCAUCAUAUUCAAACUUACGUUAAAUGGGAGGCAGAUCACACCAAUCACUAUUAAUGUGUCUGUGAUUAAUCUAACAUUAACUCAUUCAUGAUUCAUAAUUAUAUUAAUAUUAACCUAUCUUUUCAUGGGUCCCCCCCCCCAUUUUCGUGCUCCUUACUCAUCUCUUAUAUCAGAAAAACCUGGCAUUUGAACAGGAGUGUGUGUGUGUCUUAUAUCUACCAUCUUCAAAAAACUAUUAUUACGUACACUACCUUACAAUAUUCAGUAUUUUGCCAUUCCCUCUUUUAAAUUGUGUAGCCUACACAUACAAAGAACUGUCAGGGCCCACACUGCAAAAAUAUCAUACAAAAGUAAAAUCCCCACAAGAAAAAAAAGUUAUUCAAAUGAGUGAUCGUCAAUUAUUUUUUUUGGGUCAGAUUUUUCAAUUGUUUGACAAACUCAAAGCAAAUUGUAAAAUGACAAGAACCUCAACAAUCCUAAUCUCAAUACAGGUAUACAUACAGUGUGAUUGUCAUAUUGCAACUUUAUUCUUGUAAAAUAGCUGCUUUACUCUUGUCAUAGUGAGACUUUACCGUCAGGUUUUGAGUUUAUUCUUACAGAUAUAUUGUGUUUUACAGUUUGGCCCCACCACUUGACACUACAUUAAUUUUCCAACAUUAUUUAAUGUCUUUCACAUAAUAAACAUGUUUCAAAUUAUCCUCUCAACUGUGACCUUUUGCAUUUACAUGAACGCUGGGACUUUACAAUCAAAUAUAGACUAACUUGAACAAAACAUUUCGGAAGCUUUUUGUUGGAUCCUUUUUCGUUUUCAAUUAUUUUUGCAGAUGAUGGAAAAACUAUGUUAAAGGGUUUUAAUUUUGCUCUACUUAACUCUUACUUGAGAAAAUGAUAUAUAAUAGUAGUAGAAUGCAAACUCUUCUUGUAAAAAUGUGUAAACAUUAUUUGUAGGAAUGUAUAAGAUAUAUUUCCACUUUAAAACAUUCCAACGAAAUAGCACCUUAUAUAUGUGCUCUACUGUAUUUUGUUGUUUGUUAUAGUUUACAUUGUUUGUCCCAGCAGUGUGUCUGGGUCAUGUCAUUAAAGCUUUGAACAUCUGGGUCCAAAAUGACAUUCACUUCUCAAGGCCUGCUAUUUAGACAGGAGUAUGACUUCAGUCCAGAUGUGCCUCUGUUUUUUUUUCUUUCCAUACAGGCUCUGCUGCUUACAAAUUCAGCAAUUGUUUUACAAAAUAUAAAAAUGCUGCUGAAAUCUGACAUACAGUAUAAGCCAAAUGUUUAGAGAGUAUCAAUAGGUUCCGGGCUAGUUUUUGAUAAUUGUGUCAUAUUUUAUAGUGCUGGAAUAAUGUUGGAUCAUUGUGAAACACUUUAUUGUUCUCCAGUAAAUUUUGGGGGGAAUUGUAAAGCGUUCAUAUUUAUCAACUAGUUGAAACCAUUCUAAUGUUGUAAUGUUCAGCUAGUUCAGAAUUUCUUUCACAUUCCACAAAUUUCAAUUUUUUCCAAGUUCUCUUUUUUCCCCUCCAAGAAAAAAAAACAUGGGAAUCAACGAGAAUCUUUUUCUAAAUUCACCAUUUAUCAAUAUCACCUAAUUCAAAUUCAAAAUAGUCAACAUUAGAAAAAAAACUCUUUGAAGAAUUCCACCGUGAGAGAAUUUCAGAGUAGAUUCGAUGUCUUGACCACUUCAAACCAUUGUAACAUUAUGACCCAACGUAACAUUCAAAAAAAUUCCAACACUUAAAAAGCAAAUUUUCUAUGAGAAAAAUAAAAUACAUUGAAACAUCAUAGAAAUCUCGAUUUUUUUUUUUACUCUAUUCAAACCAACUUCAUUACAAAUUUCAACAUUUUCUUUUCCUAAAAUAUUUUUCACUAAUUUGGGAGUUUUACCAUGUGAAAUGAGAAAUUCUUCAAAAUGUAAUCAUUUUUGGAAUCGUGAAUAUAUUACCGGAGCCUCCUAAUAUUAAGAUGAUGACAAUAAUACAAGUGUCCAGUGAACCACUACUGCCUCUUCCUGCACCGUUGCUUUUAGUGAGUCCAAGUCAUUUUACAGAAUCAUUUUUUUUUUCAAAGGGGACUCAACUGGAUCAAAUGAUGGUAACAGUAUGUCGCUUCAUAAACUCACUAAUUGAGUAUGUUCUUGACAAUGCACGCCUUUGUGUGUCCGCUGUGUGACCCAUUUUGUGUGUGGUUUGCAAGAGUGGGAAUAUGAUGAAGCCCUUGUCACUUUUUUUUUUUUUUAACAAAGGGAUUUCACACUUGCCAGCACCUUAUUUGGUGCCAUGUAACUUGUAAUGAGUACUAUUGGCUUCCAACACAAACAUGCUUUGAAGCUGUUGAUUUAGUAACCACUGAGCUACAGGGCCUCAUUUAGUAUCACUAUUAAUAUUCACUAUUAAUUACUAUUACACAAAACCCAGAGAGUGCGGCAACAGCAGCAGCCAGCAACCCUCAUGCGGUGUUUGUGGUCACUCAUGAUUAGAAUUUAGAAUUUUUUCCCCCCAAGAUUUUAAUUUUUUUGCAUCAGCACCGGACGUCCAAAGUUGUAUCCUCUACAUCCUCCUCUUCUCCCGCUACAUGAUUGAGUGUACCU